UGUUCAAUGAUGAUGUCCUCUUCCAGGUAGUCUACUGCUCACUUGCAUAUUACCAUGCCGUUGUGAAGAUGAGCUACUAAAUCACUAAUUCUGAUCAAGCCUAUCAGCUAACCUCUCAGCUAAGACCCGACAUCCAAGUCAAUCUUGGAAGUGUUUAAAAAAAGAAAUUAGCAAAGGUCUCUUAAGCCGAGACGUUCCCAUUGCAGGAAAGAGGUAGCUUAGGAUCUCCAGCAAUAGGGGGAAAUAAUAGGCAAUAUUUGUGUGGGAUAGGCCAGCCUUACUGUACCCAUACCGCUGAUUCCAGCCGAUUUCACACACCUUGUCUCACCGACUUGCAAAUCACAAGGGAGGGAAAGGGAAAAUUAAAUAAAAAAACGAUAAGGCUGGGCUGCUGUCCUCAUGAUGUCUGUAUACAUGUACACUCACUUCUGCCAUCAGACACCGUGAUCGGUGAAUAAUUAAUACUAAUCAUUAGCGAGCGAUAAUAUGACGACGACAGUCGAGGGCGCCCGGACCAUCGAGACAGGAUACGUGGGUAAUCUCACGCGCGAGCAGGAGACGAAGCUGCAGCAGUUAUGGCGUCUCCUUUUCUCCGCCUUUGAAUUCGGUAGUGCCAAACAUCGUGAAGAACCUUCUUCUUCUUCUUCUGCACAAGAAUCAUCAGCGACUAGCUCGCUGAAAGAAGGGUCUUCAUCAUCAGAGCAGGCUGCCCAACUCCACCAAACAUGGAUGAGCAUGAUCAAGCAGGAGAACCCCGACGCGUUUCUCCUGCGAUUCCUGCGGGCGCGGAAAUGGGACGUGAACGCGGCGUUCACGAUGCUCAGGAACGCAUUGAUAUGGCGGCGCGACGAGCUGCACGUAGACGAAGAAGUCCUCGCCAAGGGCGAGGCGUGGUGUGCGAAGAUGGAGAAGAAGAAGGAAGAAGGCAAAGAGAAGAAAGACGCGCAUGACUUCCUCGAGCAGCUGCGCUUGGGCAAGGUGUACCUCCGCGGGACGGACCGGCGCGGACGGCCCGUGGGCUACGUGCGCAUCGCGCUGCAUAAGCCCGGGGCGCAGAGCGAGGAGACGCUAGAGAAGCUCAUCGUGCAGACGAUCGAGACAGCGCGGUGCCUGUUCGCGGCGCCGUCGACCGAGUCGUUUUGCGUCGUCUUCGACUUGACUGAUUUCUCGUUGUCAAACAUGGAAUGGCAGCCCGUCAAGUUCAUCAUUCGUGCCUUUGAGGCCAAUUACCCUGAAUGUCUAGGUGCGCUGCUGAUUCACAACGCUCCGUGGAUCUUUUCUGGAAUAUGGAAAGUAAUCCGCGGUCUUCUCGAUCCCGUAGUUGCCGCCAAAGUAGAUUUCACACGCAACACAGAGGGACUAGAAAAGUACAUCCCGCGCGAGAACAUCAUAUCAGACGUCGGCGGCGGCGACGACUGGGCGUAUUCCUACGUGGAGCCCAGCGAAGAUGAAGACAUCAAGAUAUCACUGGGCGGGGUCGAGCGCGAAGAAAUCCUUUCAGAACGGCGCGAGAUCGCCGAGCGGUUCUUAUCCGCGACGCAAGAGUGGAUCAAACACGAAGAAGUCGGUGAGCACGAGGAGGCCGCGAUCCAAGCGCAGCUACGGAUCAACGCUGUGGAAGCGCUGUGGUCUAAUUACUGGAAACUCGACCCGUACGUGCGGUCGCGGACGAAUCUCGAUCGGACGGGGGUCAUUGGGGCGGAGGGCGAGAUCGAGAUGUACCCUGAGAGGAGGAAAGAGGCGGAUGACGGUGGUGGUAGUGAGGAAAUAGUGCCGACGAGUAGUAGGAGGUCAAAGAGGAAAGGGACGUAGAUGAAUGGAUAGUGAGUUGGGGAGUGGUACUGGGCAUAUCACAGCUAGCUAAUUAUUUAAAUCUAAUUACCGUUCGAUACCAAUAUUCUGAAGAUCAUGAUUCGCUAAUAUUAUCCUGACGUGAA